GGAGACCCCUGUUAGGUGCCAGAAACAAAACCAAAGAGGUUGAAAGACUGAAAGUUUGUGGUUGCUUCUCUCUCGCCAUCAGAUAUGGAAAGUAUGUCAGAACACAGCAGGAAUUCCCCAACGAUUGAUGAAUCUCACCAGGCUCCAGAAGAAAUCCAGUGUGACUCUGAGGCGUGUUCAAUGGCUCAAGAGUCCCCCAAAACAUCAGCAGCAGAGAUUUCUGUGACAAGCAAUGGAGAAUUGGAAGACAUACAUGAGCACAGCUAUAACAGGGAGUUGAAGCGUUCUUUGCCAGCUGGACUUGGUUUGUCCGAAACACAGAUCACAUCUCAUGGCUUUGACAGUACCAAGGAAGGGACUAUUGCAGUUGGACCUUUUCAAGGUCCUUCAUCAUUACCUAUGUCUCCCGUUAUAUCGCCUAGCAGUGCUGCAGCCUGCAGACUGGCUGGACAAGGGAAUGAUUUAGUUAUUCCCAAAGGCAAUCCAAGAAUGCAGCAGAAAAGUGGACCCGUUGUUCUAGCAGAGGAAGUAAAAAAUCCAGCCAUGGAAAAACUGGAGCUUGUAAGAAAAUGGAGUUUAAAUACCUACAAGUGUACUCGUCAAAUAAUCUCAGAGAAGCUGGGCCGAGGAUCUCGAACCGUAGACCUUGAGUUAGAAGCUCAAAUUGAAAUAUUGAGGGAGAACAAAAAGAAGUAUGAGAAUGUCCUGAAACUGGCACAAACUCUAUCAACUCAACUUUCCCAGAUGGUGCACACUCAAAGACAGCUUGGAGAGACUUUUGCAGACUUAAGUUUGAAAUCAUUAGAACUCCAUGAGGAAUUUGGAUACAAUGCAGAUACACAGAAGCUACUUGCUAAAAAUGGUGAAACUCUGCUUGGCGCAAUUAAUUUUUUUAUAGCUAGUGUGAACACUUUGGUAAAUAAAACUAUCGAGGAUACCCUACUGACGGUGAAGCAGUAUGAAAAUGCCAGGAUUGAAUAUGAUGCUUACCGUACAGAUCUAGAAGAACUGAAUCUUGGCCCGCGUGAUGCUAAUACUAUGCCAAAGAUAGAGCAAUCACAACAACUAUUCCAAAUACAUAAAGAGAAAUACGACAAAAUGCGCAAUGAUGUAUCAGUUAAAUUGAAAUUUUUGGAGGAAAAUAAGGUGAAGGUGCUGCACAAUCAGCUUGUUCUGUUCCACAAUGCCAUUGCAGCCUAUUUUUCAGGAAAUCAGAAACAGCUUGAACAGACCCUUAAACUAUUCCAUAUCAAAUUGAAAAUACCUGGAGUGGAUGCUCCUUCUUGGCUCGAAGAUCAGUAAUCAAACCACCCGCCGAGAUCCAUUGUUCAGCCCAGGAUCUUCUCUAUCCUGGAGAAUCGAGAAGCUUUUCUAUAAGAAGGACUGUUUGUAGUGAUACUUGCACAAGCAGCUUUAAUUCCUCCCCUUUCUCCAAUAAUGAAUACGAUAAUAAUUUGGCAGGGUGGAUGGAUUGUAACCAAAUUAACUUGUCAUUUCAGAAUCAAAAUGUUUUGUAUUUAAGGGUGAAUGGUUUUCUGUAGUAGGGAAGUAUAGAUUUGCACUGAUAUGAAUAUUUGUGAUCUUUGGUAACUGUGGCAAGUAGGUGAGAAAUUUUCCAAAGGAGAUGCUCAUGAUUUAUACCUGAUAAAAUACCUGAUAUUUUAUAUAAAUGUAUUAAACCUCUACAGAUUCUUUUUCAUGUAACGGUGUUCAAAAAGUAUUUUUUUAAAAAAAACAUUAAGGCUUUUAAACAGCUUCAUUCACAAAAUCAGUGACUCACUGACAGUGUGGAAUUACAAAAAAUGCCAUUUUUUACACCUAGAUCUUUCUAUUGUAUGCUUAAAAAACACUAGAGGUCGAGUUUCAAUUAUGAGCUGAAUCCAUUUUUUAUCAUUAUAAAGGAACCACUUAAGGAAAGGAGUCUUAAGUUGUACUAUUAACUUUCUAUGAAAUCAUUCCUUACUUGUCUUAAAUUCAAAAGUGCCUUUUGAAACUCUCUUUCUACUCUUCUAUACAAAAUAUAGCAUCUUUACAAAACCCUUUCUAGAUUUAUGAUUUUUUUAAAAGAGACUAAGGCCAGUCUACUUUGUAUUCUUCUGUUUGACUAGCAGAACAUGUCAUCUGACAGGGACAGAGUCUGUUUUUUAAUCAGUAGCUGUUACAAGUACAAGUUUGUUACUUUAUCAUAGCCGUUCAAAAUUUAUUGUUUUGGAGCAUCAUUGUUUGCACACUUUCUACUGCUUUUUCUGUUUAUAUAAAUGAAGUACUUAAAAUAACUUAUCUCAGCUAAAUGAAUUGUAUAAUUAUGUAUUAUAUGUUGAAACAAAUUAAGUUGCUGCUUUAAAUGGUUUUGUUUCAAUCUUUAAAGUAAAAUGUUUAUCAAGUAUACCUUAAAUCAUUUCUCAUUGCAUUCUUGUCCAUUAUGUUUUUGUUGCUGGGUUCUGUCUUGAAGUAAAGUUGGUUACUGUUUCCCAGAGCGUGGUUCAUUAUUAGCACUUAUUCACAUUAAGAGAAAUUAGCACAAUAUAUAUACCUAGAAGUAACAUCCAUCUAGGGCAGGGGUGUCAAACUUGCGGGCCGUAUGCGUCACACACUGGUCACGCCCACCCCCAUUUUAGCAAAGGGGAAAAAAGUUACAUCACGUGAUGACGUGACACCGCAAGUUUGACACCCCUGAUCUAGAGUCUUGCCUAAAACAAAUGAAAAUACUUUGUAGUUUGUUUCUUGUAACCAGAGGUUAAAUGCUUUAAUUUUUAUUAAUCCCACAGAACAUGGUGUCUUGUAUUGUUUCUGUGAUCCUACUAACUAUAAUAAAAGAAGCAAACCUCACCUGACUUAUUUUCCAAGUACAAUAUAAGACAUAUUUGAACAUUUCUAUCAAUGAUUUCAUCUCUAUUCUAGUGCAGGCUUCCUGAUUCUAAUAGAAGUAUUUAGUUGACCACACUUUUUAGUGAAGGGGAAACUUAAAUGGAGUGAGAGUUGGUGAGAUCCAGUUGGUGUAAAAGCAAAAUAUGUCAUUCAAAGGUAAUUAAGGCCUUUGGUUUUAAUUUUCUUUUAAGGAAAACUAGUGAAAGCUUGUUACUUCAUUGUAGUAGCUACAUGUCUUAGAAAGCUAGAAUCAGGAAGGUUUAUAAGGAUUUCUUUUAAUUUUGUAAUAUUUGAUUAUAUUAUCUCACUUUUUAAAAAAAUAAUCGUUUUGUCCUAAAGAAUUGCACAAAUGUCUUAAUUAGUAAUGUAACAAAUAACCUCAUAAUUCAUAGUUGAAAAUGAUCACAUCCUGGAAGAAGGCAAACAAACCAUUUCUAUAUUUUCAUGAAAAUAAUUAUGUGGACCUUUCUAAGUAGCCAUCAGGAGCCAAGCUACUGGUAAUUCAAAGAAAGCUAUAUUUUUAUGAAAUUCUGUGCUAGUUUUGUACCAAAUUUAUUGCAGUUUUUUAAUUCCUGAAAAACUGUCAGAUUUGUAAGGAUCUGAUUGGUCCAAAUUGUUAAGGAAACCUUUGAAGGUAGGUUUUCAAGUCAUCAGACAUGCUGUAUGCAUUGUUACAUUUGAAUAUUAUAAUGAUAUGUCAAAUAUCAGUAAUCAUAUUACAUAGUCUUGAAUCUUUGAUUUAUAUUCAAAGCAAUUUAGGUCCUAGCUUUCAAUUCUUAUAUCACAGAAAUAAAAUGUUUGAGCCAAAAUAUAUAUUUAGUAAGUACAAGCAUUAAAAUAUACACUUGAGUGCUAUUGCGUAUAUGAAAUAUAAUGGAUAUGUAGAAAAUAAGAAUUUACAUGAUAUUUUGGAAAAAGUUAUUAACUUACUGCUGCUAUUAUGUAGAUAAGCAGAUGCUGAACCUCUGAUAGUAUACCUUCACAAACAACUGACAACUUUAAGGACUGGCUGAACUAAAUUCCACAUUAUACACAAAAUGAAUUAAAUCCUUCAACUGCCUGUACAACAUCCAUGGCAAUAAUGUUUUUGUUUUGUUACAAUUGAUGUUAAUGGUAGUUUGUUAUUAGUUCAAAGAAAAUAUAACUUUAUGUACAUUGGAAGAUUUUUAGAGCUGGUUGUUUGGAUACUAAGAUAUUUCAAAUGGAUAGAAAUAUAAUAACUCUAGCUCAGCAUGUAUCUUCCACAUUCUUAAAUACAAUAAAACCUCCAAGCAAUAAAUGUUAAAAGGUUACUA